UCAUUGUUAUGAUUAUUGGUAUUGUUGAAGCAACUGUCGUUCCGUUUUUGACGUUUCCGGAUUUUUUCCUUCUUGGUUUUCUGGAGUGAAAACGAAUUAACUGUUGGAAAAAUUAACUAGUGCAUUUUGAAGAUGAAUAGACUGUUUGGACGUGCUAAACCCAAGGAACCUGGUCCAAGCCUCACCGAUGUCAUCGCUGGGGUCGAUGGACGCGCUGACACAGCUGAGAAAAAGGUACAACGUCUCGAUGCAGAGUUGAAAAAGUACAAAGAUCAGCUAGCAAAAAUGCGAGAUGGUCCAGCCAAAAAUGCAGUCAAGGCAAAAGCCAUGAGAGUCCUGAAACAACGUAAAAUGUAUGAGGGGCAGGUGGAGAGCCUGAGACAGCAAGCCUUCAACAUGGAACAAGCCAACUAUGCCACUCAGACCCUCAAGGAUACGCAGAUCACCGUGGCUGCGAUGAAGGAUGGUGUCAAGCAGAUGCAGAAAGAGUUCAAGAACAUCAACAUUGAUCAUAUCGAUGACAUGCAGGAUGACCUGGCGGAUAUGCUAGAUCAGGCUGAUGAGGUGCAAGAGGCAUUGGGGAGAAGCUAUGGGAUGCCAGAAAUUGAUGAUGAUGAGCUUGAAGCAGAACUUGAUGCACUUGGGGAUGAUUUGGCUCUUGAUACAGAUACUUCGUACCUUGAUGAUGCUAUCACUGCACCUAAUGCUCCUGAUAAGGAACCCGGGGCGAGUUCGGUCAGAAACAAGGAUGGAGUUUUGGUGGAUGAAUUCGGCUUGCCACAGAUUCCAGCCACUUAAUGAACUUAAACGAAUACUAAAUACAGCCAUGAUUAUUUAGCUUUACGAAGAAAUCCCUACGGAGUCCGCAAUCAAAACGCUUUAAUAUAUGAUACAAAAAUGUAAAGUAAAUUUUUUUAUGACACCUGAACUUUGCGCUGAGGCAAAAGACCCGAGGGAACUAUGUGCUUUACACGAGCAUCAGUUUAUUCUUACAAUUAUUUUUUAAUGUUAUGAACAUGUAUUAUUGAAAAUGGAGGGAAAUAAACUACUAACAAAAAUCACA